CAGUAGUUUGGGCUAUUAGAAAUUUUCAUCACUAUCUUAGCUCUAAACCCUUUACCGUCGUAACUGAUCACUCUGCCCUCAAAUGGUUGAGAACUUCAAAAAUACCAAAAGGUCGACGUGCACGAUGGAUAAUGGAAUUACAACAAUAUGACUUUAAUAUUCAACAUAGACCUGGGAAAAAUAAUGCUAACACUGAUGCAUUAUCUCGAUUAAUCUCUGAAAAAGAACAAGAUAAUUUCUUAAAAGAA